UCGUGAGGUUCCAUCCAUGAUUCCCUUUACCCCAAGCAAUCUAUGAUCGAUCGUUCCAUUUGUAUAAUUUCCUAAGGACCAUGGUCUUGUUCAAGCGGAAACCGGUCCAGUACCUUCCUCGACCGACGAUAGAAGAUGACAGCUCCGAGGUCUGGGUCAUCCCAGAGACCAACGAGGUCUUCGUCAACUAUGAGCCCUAUCUCCAGAGGAUGGACUUCUAUAAGCAACGAAGAUUUAUUUGCGAAAUAACAGGUCACUCAGGCCUGACAUUCUUCGAGGCGCUUAGAAGUGAAAUGGAAGAAUCGCGCGAAGUCAAUAGCGCAUUUCCAGAUGCUCUCAAGGAGCCCAUCCUGCGCAGAAUUCAGUUUUCCACGGUAUCGCGGGUCGAUAAUCUUGUGGAUGAGGUCUAUGAGGAAUUUAAGCAAGAUUUCUAUCCUGGAGAGCCCGUACUAAUUCUACUUGACGAUAACACUCGCCUUCACGGCAUAAUCAGAGAUAAGGUGAACUUUCCGGAUCAGCUGAACCCCGAUGGUUCACUCAAGAGGCCAGCCUAUUCCACUUAUCUUGUGAAAGUCACGGACCGUCCGAAUGAAGAGGCGCUGUUGGACCAGGAGCAUAUCACUCGCGACCGGAAGACAUUCACCAAGCAAAUGUUGCGCGCCUUCAUCAAAAACAAUGUGACGAGAGAAUCGUGGAACGGUGCGCCAUGGCUGGUAAAGCCCUCCAUUGCCGAGGAGUAUAGGAUUCCGACCGAAGUACCAAAGCAUCUGCAGUAUGGCGCCAAGGUAGCGGAAAAGAAAGCAAUGAAGAAGGCGGAUCAAGAGGGCUUCUUUGGUUUUUUCGCAUCGCAACAACUCCCCGAAUUGAAACCCGCGGUCAAAGGCCAAAAAGUCAAACCUUCCCCACAGGACAUCGCCCGAAACAAAGAGGCGCAAUUUCUCGAAUAUCAACGCUCACUCAACGGCAACCCGACUUUUGUUGUCGCGAACAAGCCGACAAACGGGGCAGCCCGUUCGACCAAGUCCCAGGAGGCAGACAAAAAGAUGCCACCUGCCCCUGCGGUUGUCGUCAAGGCUGAACCUCCCAAGGCACCAACGCCUCCGCCGAUAAAGUAUCCUAUCGAGGAUUUGGAUAUCGCCCCAGAUCUUGAAAAGAAGAAGCAACGGCCAGCUCUCAAGUUUUUGACCGUGGACGAGACCGAUGAUCCUGAGGAUGGAGAUCUUCUGCAUGACGACAUUGAGAUGGAAUCAGUCGGGCGUCUUCUGGAGACUUGGAACACCCUCAACGUGUAUUGCGAGGUCUUCCAGCUUGAUUCUUUCACUUUCGAUGACUUCUUCCAAUCUAUGCGCUUCUCUUCCGAGGACGUUGAUUGUGAACUUUUUGUGGAAAUACAUUGCGCCGUCCUCAAAAAGCUGGUGAACUCGGAGAAGGAUGAGAAUGGUGCUCUUCAGAUAUCUCUCCCGGAUCUCCCGGAUGAAGAAGAGGAUGGAUCGGAAGGGGAAGAGGAGGAGGAAGAGGAGUCGCCCGAACCUGAGCCCGCGGUUACAAGGAUGACUACUCGGAGUAGCCUGGCAAAGGCUGAGGCAGAGAACCUUCGGGCGCAGGCCGACCGCGGUCGCUCGAGCUCAGUCGAGGUCAAGGUCCAUCGCGCUGCUGAGAUGUUUGUGGAGUAUGGUUGGAUUGAUCGUCUGCGCAAGCGCGAUUUCCGGAAUGGGGGAUGGGAACUGGUCAUGAUCGGACUUCUACAUCAGUUGUCAGCUCGUCCCCGGAUGGAGAAGGUCUGCAACGACAUUCUCAAGCACCUGGCUCCGCUGGACGCGGAACCUACCCAGGAAACGGCGCACGCUCAGUACUCGACGUUGGAUGUGAACCUGCGUAUUCAGGCCCUUCAGAUCAUCUGCAUGCUCAGUCUGGAAACCAGAGCCAUUCGCAACUACCUGGAGGAGUGCAGCAACCAAAUGACCGAGUUCCGCAAAGAGAAGAUUGAGUAUCAGAAGGCGCGUAAGGCAGGCCUGGAAGAACUCCGCCGGUUACAUCAAGAGCGCAAAGCUCUUCAACCCGAGCCCGAGAAGUCACCUAGCCCGGCACCGGAGCUGGAGGCCCUGGAAGACUCGAAAAUGACCGGAGUGGAUGGAGAUUCCGACCAAGCUAUGGAUUCGGAUGAGGAUGCGGUCCCUCAGCGAACGCUUCGUGGGGGCUUGGACAGGGCGCUUGAGCGCAAGCGGAAGCAGGAAGAAGAGCGUGAGAGAAAAGAGCAACUUGCCAAGCAGCCCAAAGGAUCCAAGCAAUUCCAACGAGUGCUCAAAAAGAUUGAUGAUCAGAAGGCCAACAUCAAAAAGCUCGAAGACAAGAUCGAGGUUGUCGACAAUGACCUCAGGGAAGCCGACUGCCCGCGCACCAGGUGCCUUGGCAAGGAUCGCUUUUGUAAUCGCUACUGGUGGUUUGAGCGGAAUGCGAUGCCGUACGGCGGGAUGCCCAAUAGCUCGACAGCAGAAGCCCAGUAUGCUAAUGGCCGACUGUGGGUUCAGGGACCCGACGAGUUGGAGCGCGUCGGGUUCAUUGACGUUCCGGACGACCAGAGGAAGCAAUACCAGAAGGAAUUCCAGACCACUCCUGCGGAGCGCAAGAAGGCCGAAGAAGGACUCACGAGACUUGCCAACGCAAACGAGUGGGGCUACUAUGAUUCCCCGGACGCAAUUGAGACGUUGCUCGACUGGCUUGAUUCGCGGGGCCUCCGCGAGUCGAAACUCCGCAAGGAGCUGUUGCUCCAGCGCGAUAACAUCGCCAAGUACAUGGAGUGCCGGAAGGUGUACCUGGAGCCAACGACCGACAGAGCGGAGUCGGAAGAGGUUCCCUCUAAGCGCGUGAUGACGCGGAACAAGACAUAUGUGGAUGAUAACAAGCAUCGCUGCAUGCGCUGGCGCAAUACCACCGCGCUGUCGGACAAUGGACAUCUCCAUGUGGAUGCUUCGCGACCAACCAAGCGGGCCAGGAGAGUCACCGAUGAGCCCAAAGAGAUCAAGGUGACCAACCGCCAGGGCAAGCCGCUCACCCGCCAGGGCACUCGAUACAACUUCUAAAUCCCCACUCACAUUCCAUUUUGUUUGAUUUUCGAUAUCUUGGUGUUUUAUGGACCUUGGAUGCAUGCAUUUGUUGAUGGUACUUGGGAGUCGUCAGCAACAAAAAAGGUGGUCAUUCUAUAGAAUUUGCAUG